AUGCUCGACGCAGAUGACAGCAACCGACCUGAACGUCGCUCCGCUCUGAUUGCACACGAACUAUCCAGGUUGGAUGUCGAUAUUGCUGCCCUUAGCGAGGUCCGAUUCCAUGAUGUAGGCAGCCUCCGAGCAUGGCGCCGAAAAGACAGGUUCUACUCGGAGCUCCGCGGCCAUAUCCAAAGCAUCCGUGCAGACGACAAGGUAAUAAUCCUCGGCGAUUUCAACGCCAGAGUAGGUCAAGAUGUAGAUGCCUCAAAAGGAGUUUCUUGGCAGACACGGCGUUGGAAACGCAACGACAAUGGGCGCUUGCUGUUGGAGCUUUGCACUGAGCAGCAACUGGUCAUCACCAACACCACUCUUCCAGCAAAAGGACAGAAUGAAACAACCUGGAUGCACCCUUGGUCCAAACAUUGGCACCUCAUAGACUACGUCCUAGUGCGCCAAAAAAGACCUCAAGGAUGUCCUUCACACCAGAGUGAUGCCCAGCUGCACUUCAAACCCAAACCAAGGAAGGGGGGGCCCCCCACGAAAAAGUUCGAUCUCGAGAAGCUUCAGUCAUCUGAAGUGAAAGCUGACUUUCAGGCAGACCUACAGUCCAAGCUUGAGAGCGUCGACUGCCGCAAAGACCCCUCACCUGAAACCCUCUGGGAUCAACUGAAGACUGCCAUCCUGCAAACAUCUGAAGAAGUUCUUGGGUUUACCACCAAGAGGAACAAAGACUGGUUCGAUGAGAACAACCAAGAGAUCCAGGAACUGCUGACGAAGAAGAGGUCAGCCCAUCAGGCCCACCUGGCUCAGCCAUCAUGUCCUGUGAAGAAAGCUGUCUUCCGUCUCAUUUGCAGCAACCUCCAGCGCAAGCUUCGAGAGAUCCAGAAUGAAGGCUUCUAUGAAGCCCUAAAGGUAGUAUAUGGUCCUACUCACCACGUCCAGAGUCCUUUGCGCAGUGCAGAUGGCCAGGUGCUCUUCACAGACAAAACUUCCAUCCUGAGCCGUUGGUCUGAGCAUUUUCAGGCCCUCUUCAGCGCUGACCGCGUCGUCCAGGACUCAGCAGUUCUCCGCAUUUGUCAGAAGCCAGUCAUAGAGGAAUUGGAUGAACUACCAUCUAUAGAAGAAAUUUCAAAAGCCAUAGAGCAGCUGAAGUGUGGCAAGGCAGCAGGAGUUGAUGGGAUCCCACCAGAGAUCUGGAAAGAUGGGGGACCAACACUACACAGCAAGCUCCACGAACUCCUUGUCUGUUGUUGGGAGCAGAGCAAGCUUCCAAGAGACCUCCGUGAUGCAGUCCUUAUCACUUUGUACAAGAACAAAGGAGAAAAGUCGGACUGCUCAAACUACCGGGGAUAA